AUGACUUCGCAAGACCGAUUGACAGCCGCCCUCAGCCAGAACAAGGAAUGGGCCGCCCAGACCGCGCAACAGCACCCAGAUCUCUUCCCCACACUAGCCGCGGGCCAACAACCCGAGAUUCUCUGGAUCGGCUGCUCCGACUCGCGAUGCCCGGAAACAACCAUGCUGGGCCUCCAGCCCGGCGACGUCUUCGUCCACCGCAACAUCGCCAACGUGCUGCACGCCGCGGACCUGAGCUCCUCGGCGGUGAUCGAGUACGCCGUGCGCCAUCUGCGCGUCCGCCACGUCGUCAUCUGCGGCCAUACUUCCUGCGGAGGUGUCGCAGCCGCCAUGGGUAACAAGCAGCUGGGCAUCCUAGACCCGUGGCUGAUGCCGCUGCGCCAGCUGCGCGAGCAGCACCUGGUGACGCUGCAGUCACUGUCGCCUGAGGAUGCGAUGCUGCGACUGGCGGAGCUGAACGUGCAGGAGGGUCUGAGGCUGCUGAAGCAGAAGAAUGUGGUGUUGGAGGCUGUUGAGCAGCGCGGGCUGCAGUUGCAUGGGCUGAUUUAUGAUGUUGGGAGUGGGGUGCUUCGCCCUAUGGAUACCGAUGAGUCGGAGGAGGCGGUUAAGGCGCGGUUGGUUGCUUUUAAGACGGAGUGA